UUACUGCAAGCGGCAAAGCCCUCCUCUUCAGCUCUUCUGACGGAAAAGACCACAGCGAUGGCCAAUUACACAUGGAUAAUACAAUUUAAGUAGUGCACGUUGGCAAUGCCAAAUCAAGAGAUGCAAUUGCACUCCACCCAACCCUACAAAUAUCCACCCGCAGCUUAGCUCGAUCCUUGCCCACUUCAAAGUUCAAACAACAAAGCCGUCCUCUUCUGACCAAAAAGACCAAAGCCAUGGCGCCUUCCCUCGCCACCUCUUCCACCCUCGCUCUCUUCCUCCUCGUCGCCGUCUCCAUCGCCGACGCCGCGACAUUCGCCAUCACCAACAGGUGCCAGUACACGGUGUGGCCGGCGGCGGUGCCAUCGGGCGGCGGCACGAAGCUCGACCCGGGGCAGACGUGGACCAUCAACGUGCCGGCCGGGACGACGGGCGGGCGCGUGUGGGCGCGCACGGGCUGCGGUUUCGACGGCAGCGGCAACGGGCAGUGCCAGACGGGCGACUGCGGCGGGAAGCUGCGGUGCACGGCGUACGGCGCGGCGCCCAACACCCUGGCCGAGUUCGCGCUGAACCAGUGGAACAACCUCGACUUCUUCGACAUCUCCCUCAUCGACGGCUUCAACGUGCCCAUGGCCUUCCUCCCCGCCGGCAGCGGCGCCGGGUGCCCCAAAGGCGGGCCGCGGUGCGCCACGGCCAUCACGCCGCAGUGCCCCAGCGAGCUGAGGGCGCCCGGCGGGUGCAACAACGCGUGCACGGUGUUCAGGCAGGACAGGUACUGCUGCACCGGAUCGGCGGCCAACAGCUGCGGCCCGACCAACUACUCGGAGUUCUUCAAGCGGCUGUGCCCGGACGCCUACAGCUACCCCAAGGACGACGCCUCCAGCACCUACACUUGCCCGGCCGGCACCAACUACCAGGUCGUCUUCUGCCCAUGAUCGAACGCGCGCGCGCGCGCGCGGCUGAUCGAUCGAUCUCUGAUGAUCUUGGGAUUUGUAUGAUCGAUGCAUGUGUGGAUGUAACCGUGAUAUACGUACCUAAGAAUAAGUUUGCACGCGCAAACGAGGAUAAGUUUAUGUUAUCGAUCUUUGAAUAAGUAAAAACAACUGGGUUUAUGAAUUGAUAUAUAUGAACGAUGACUUUCAGUAAGAUAAACACGGUUAA